AUGGCCUCGGUUGGUGCGGUGCGUCCUUCCUCGCGCUUUCAGAAUGACACGAGUACUAGUGGUGAUGCCGACCGACUUCCGAACGAGAUGGGCAAUAUGAGCAUAAGGGAUGACAGGGACCCUGAGGAUAUAGUAGUCAACGGCAAUGGGACGGAACCAGGCCAUAUUAUAGUCACAAGCAUUGAGGGAAGAAAUGGGCAAGCAAAACAGACCAUUAGCUACAUGGCUGAGCGCGUGGUUGGUAAUGGGUCAUUUGGAACUGUUUUCCAGGCUAAGUGUCUUGAAACUGGGGAGACGGUGGCUAUAAAGAAGGUUCUUCAAGACAAGAGAUAUAAGAACCGUGAGCUGCAAACGAUGCGAGUUCUUGACCACCCAAAUGUUGUGGCUUUAAAGCAUUGUUUUUUCUCAAAGACUGAGAAGGAGGAGCUUUACCUCAACCUGGUGCUUGAGUAUGUGCCGGAGACUGCUCAUCGUGUCAUUAAGCAUUACAACAAGAUGAACCAACGCAUGCCCUUGAUAUAUGCAAAACUGUACAUGUAUCAGAUAUGUAGAUCUUUGGCAUACAUUCACAACAGCAUUGGAGUAUGCCACAGAGACAUCAAGCCUCAAAAUCUUCUGGUGAAUCCACAUACACACCAAUUGAAAUUAUGUGACUUCGGAAGUGCGAAAGUGUUGGUAAAAGGAGAACCAAAUAUUUCCUAUAUCUGUUCAAGGUACUAUAGAGCCCCAGAGCUCAUAUUUGGUGCUACUGAAUACACAACGGCAAUUGACGUUUGGUCUGCUGGCUGUGUUCUUGCUGAACUCCUUCUAGGACAGCCUAUAUUCCCUGGCGACAGUGGUGUUGAUCAGCUUGUUGAAAUCAUCAAGGUUUUAGGUACCCCUACAAGAGAAGAAAUUAAGUGCAUGAAUCCAAAUUAUACAGAGUUUAAAUUCCCACAAAUCAAAGCUCACCCAUGGCACAAGAUCUUCCAUAAAAGAAUGCCUGCUGAAGCAGUAGAUCUUGUCUCCAGACUCUUGCAAUAUUCACCAAGCCUGCGUUCAACUGCUUUGGAAGCAUUAAUUCAUCCAUUCUUCGAUGAACUCCGGGACCCAAACACCCGUUUACCGAACGGCCGUUUUCUUCCUCCCCUCUUUAACUUUAAGCCCCAUGAGUUGAAGGGCGUGCCAAUGGACAUCCUGGUGAAGCUCAUCCCUGAACAUGCUCGGAAGAACUGUGCCUUUGUAGGAUGGUGA